CAACGCUACUUUUUUGUGCCCCUCCUCUUUUUUUAUUUGGAAACCCGGCUACCGUAGUUAGGGCGAGCCGGGGAAAGAGGUAUCUGGCGGAACUCGAGUACAAGCGCGCAUGCGUAGCUUACUGCAAAGCAGGCAUUGAGGUCGGGAGUGGGGCGGAGGUGUCCCAGCGAGAGAGAGUUGGGAGCGGGUCUUCCACAGUCUGUCGAGAGUGGCUGAGGGGGAGCGUGCGCCGCAUGACGGUCGUUGAGAGAGGGAAUUGAGACGCAGCCGAGCUUGGGGAGGGGGGGACGGAGGAGGAGAAGAGGAAAUCGGCACAAGAAGGCUUAUUGCUCUGCCCCGCCCCCACAGAGGAAAUGGGAAUACAGAAGGCGGCGGCAAUGCGUCGCUCUCGGACCGUGUGAGAGAUUCAAUUCGGCUUCUACAGGCGAAGAACUGACUCCAGUCAGAUAAUCGUGGUAUUUUCUUUAUUUUUUUUAACCUAGAAGAUGGAGGAUGCCUAGUCUUCAAAGCGUUGGAAUUUUGAAGCUAUCACCCAUCAAGGAAAUGGAAGUGGUGUCCUGAAGUCGUGCCUAUAAUCUCUGCUGCUAAAUAAGUAAUAUUGGGGCAGCAGGAUUUGAAUACAGUUAUUUGCCUUUUUGUAGCUUGGCACAAGUAUCCUCCACCAGAUGUUGAUUGCAUCAUUGAAAAUACGAUGCUUGGUAUUUUUUCAGCCCCCAAACAUAAUUGAUGGCAGUAGACCAUCAAUGCACUAUUUCUGGUAGCAUUAUUGGGGCCUUACCAUCUGCCGUGGUGUGAUUAUGAUGAGCGAGAAAUUAGUGAUGAAGCAAUCCUUUGGCUAUUAAAUCUAGAGUGAAAGACUUGAAAGAAUCUGUUGCACCUGACAUUGGAUUAUUGUAUACUGAAUCUGAAAUCUUACAGUGAAAAAUUGUGCCCUUUUCUGCUGGCAGCAUCAGAUUUCUCACAUGGUAUAACAGCCGCAGUUUUCUGCCUUUUAUCUCUUUGGAUCAUACAGUAAGGAAGAACAAUUGCGGGAAAGAGCCAAACUGCUGUAUACUUAAUCUGAAGGGGGUUGGUUGGUCAGUUUUUGCAUUAGUUAAAAGACGUAAAAAUGUCAUUCUUUAAUUUUCGUAAGAUCUUCAAGUUAGGAGGUGAAAAGAAGAAGAAGCAGUAUGAGCAUGUCAAGAGAGACUUAAACCCAGAGGACUAUUGGGAAAUUAUAGGAGAACUUGGCGAUGGUGCUUUUGGCAAAGUAUUCAAGGCUCAGAACAAAGAAACAAAUGUGCUGGCUGCUGCAAAAGUAAUUGAUACUAAAUCUGAGGAAGAACUUGAAGACUACAUGGUUGAAAUUGAUAUCCUAGCAUCCUGUGAUCACCCUAACAUUGUCAAACUUCUAGAUGCCUUUUAUUAUGAAAACAAUCUUUGGAUACUGAUUGAAUUCUGUGCUGGUGGUGCUGUAGAUGCUGUAAUGUUGGAACUUGAGAGGCCACUAACCGAGCCACAGAUCAGGGUAGUUUGCAGGCAGACACUUGAGGCACUGCAUUAUUUGCAUGAAAAUAAGAUCAUUCAUCGAGAUCUAAAAGCUGGCAAUAUUCUUUUCACAUUGGAUGGAGACAUUAAGCUAGCGGAUUUUGGAGUGUCUGCUAAAAAUACAAGGACAAUACAAAGACGAGAUUCUUUCAUUGGUACACCAUAUUGGAUGGCUCCUGAAGUGGUAAUGUGUGAGACCUCUAAAGACAGGCCUUAUGAUUACAAGGCUGAUGUUUGGUCUUUAGGUGUCACUUUAAUAGAAAUGGCUGAAAUAGAACCACCUCAUCAUGAAUUAAAUCCAAUGCGUGUUCUGCUGAAAAUAGCAAAGUCGGAGCCGCCUUCAUUGGCACAACCCUCAAAAUGGUCUGUUGACUUUAAAGACUUCUUAAAGAAAUCUUUGGAAAAAAAUGUAGAUGCCAGGUGGGGCACUGCUGAGCUUCUACAGCAUCCAUUUGUUACUGUAACUUCCAAUAAACCAGUCAGAGAGCUGAUUGCAGAAGCAAAGGCUGAAGUUACAGAAGAAGUAGAAGAUGGAAAAGAUGAAGAGGAAGAAGAAGAAUCUGAAAAUUCUCUGCAGUUACCUGCAAAUAAGCGAGCCUCAUCUGACCUCAGCAUUGCCAGCUCAGAAGAGGAUAAACUUUCACAGAAUGCCUGCGUCCUGGAAUCUGUUUCUGAAAAAACAGAGCAUUCAUCCACAGAAAAGACUAGUACUAAUGCACUGGAAGGUGAAAAAGCAAGUAUGGAGCCUGACAGAACUGAAAACGAGAAAUCGACUGAAAGCACAAGUAUUGCCAUGCAAGAAAAUACUGAAAAACUGAACGAUGGACCUGUAUUAGCACAUGAAAAUGAGGAAGCAAAGAAAAGUGAAAAGACUAUUCAAAAUUCAGCCUUAAGUAAAAACAGUGGAUCACAGAAAGAGGGAAUGGGAAUUAGUACAGCCCUGUCUGAAACUAAUGUUGAGCCCAGUCUGAAAACUGAGGAAGAAAAGGAGUUCACAAAUGAAUCAACAGCUGAAAACAAACAAGAAAUAACGCCUGAAGAUGAAGGCAGCAGUGCAGAAAUGACAGGUGUAAUCUCUAAAGAUACUGGUGCAAAAGAAGAAAAAGGAAAUGACAUAAAUCUCCAAGAAAAUGAAACAGGAGAGACAAGGCCCACAGAAGGAAUUAAAGCGAUUAAGGAGCUGCAAGGGGAUGAUAGAUAUGAAGAGAAUGGCUGGAAAGAAUCUGAAGGUCAGAAAAAGGAAGUGUCUGCCAGUACUGAAGAGUUAGAGAUGAAAAUGGCAGAUGAGUCUGCCAAUGAAAUGCAGAAGCAAAUAAUAGUAGGUACCUGUAUUGCUCAAGAGAUGGACAGCGCUAGCAAAGGUUUGGUCACUGAUGCAGAUAAAGUGCUUGGAAAUGUUCAGGAGCCAACAGAGUGCAUUGCUGAGGAUGCUCUGGAGGAAGUCCCAGAAGUGGGCAAAAUUGUGGAUUCUGGUCAACAACUGGUUGAGGAAUACAGUGAAGGAUCUAACAAGACAAGCAGCACAAAGGAAAUGGAGGUCAGAGUUCCAGAAAGACCAAAGGGCAUUGAACAGAAGCCAGAAGAAAGUGACACUAAGCAUGUUCAAGAGACAAAAACUGAGGAAAGCGACAUUAAACAUGUGGGUAAAACUGCAGAACCUGACCAUAAAUUUGAAAGCAGAACUGAGAACCACAAGAAUAAUAUGCAAGCGGGAACAGACCUUCCAAUAGUUUCCUGUGACUUACCAAAUAAAAAUAAGCUUGAAGAUGCUGCUGUCAAGCAGCUGCAUGAACAGGAGGUGUCUCCCGUACCCUAUAUUAGUAUUAGCUGUGCAGAAAAUGAAGCAGAAGACAAAACAUGCAAUCAAGAUGUUGUUGAAAACUCCCAUCAUCUUGAUCCUGAAAGCUCUAAGGAAAAUGAUACAGAUUCCGGCAGAGGUUCCACAGCAGACAACAGCAGCAUUGAUUUGAACUUGUCCAUUUCCAGCUUCCUCACUAAAAACAAGGAUAGCGGAUCAAUAUCUUUACAAGAGACUAAAAGACACAAGAAAACUUUAAAGAAAACUCGCAAAUUUGUUGUUGAUGGUGUAGAAGUAAGUGUGACUACCUCUAAAAUUGUAACGGACAAUGAUUCUAAAAGUGAAGAGUUGCGAUAUCUUCGGCGUCAAGAAUUAAGAGAGUUGCGACUUCUUCAAAAAGAAGAGCAGCGAGCUCAACAGCAGCUCAGUAAUAAACUAUUACAACAACGAGAACAGAUGUUCAGACGUUUUGAACAGGAAAUGACGAGUAAGAAGCGACAAUAUGAUCAGGAGAUCGAAAAUCUAGAAAAACAGCAGAAACAGACAAUAGAGCGUUUGGAACAGGAACAUACAAAUCGCUUACGUGAUGAAGCAAAACGCAUCAAAGCAGAACAAGAGAAAGAAUUGUCCAAAUUUCAGAACAUGUUGAAAAACAGAAAAAAAGAGGUUUUUAAUGAAGUGGAGAAAGCACCAAAAGAGCUGAGAAAAGAGCUCAUGAAACGCAAGAAAGAGGAGCUUACUCAGUCCCAGCAUGCUCAGGAACAAGAGUUUGUACAGAAGCAACAACAAGAAUUGGAUGCAUCACUAAAGAAAAUUAUUCAGCAGCAAAAAACUGAGCUAGCCACCAUUGAACGGGACUGUCUUACAAAUAAGCAACAGCUCAUGAGAGCCCGUGAAGCUGCAAUAUGGGAACUAGAGGAGCGACACUUGCAAGAAAAACAUCAACUACUCAAACAGCAACUGAAAGAUCAGUACUUCAUGCAAAGACACCAGCUGCUUAAACGGCAUGAAAAAGAAACAGAACAGAUGCAAAGGUAUAACCAGCGGCUUAUUGAAGAGUUAAAAAACAAGCAAACUCAGGAAAGAGCCCGAUUGCCCAAAAUCCAGCGCAGUGAGGCAAAAACUAGGAUGGCAAUGUUUAAAAAAAGCCUAAGAAUUAAUUCCUCGAGCACUCCAGAACAGGAUCGUGAAAAGAUUAAGCAGUUUGCUGUUCAGGAAGAAAAAAGGCAAAAAAAUGAGAGACUGGCUCAACAUCAGAAACAUGAAAAUCAAAUGCGAGAUCUCCAACUGCAAUGCGAAGCUAACAUUAGAGAGCUACAUCAGCUACAGAAUGAGAAAUGUCAUUUACUGGUUGAACACGAGACUCAGAAAUUGAAAGACCUGGAUGAGGAACAUAGCCAAGAACUAAAAGAAUGGAGAGACAAACUGAAACCAAGGAAAAAGACAUUAGAAGACGAAUUCGCUUGGAAGCUUCAAGAACAGGAGGUUUUCUUUAAAAUGUCUGGAGAAUCUGAAUGCCUUAAUCCAUCAACACAAAGCCGGAUUUCUAAAUUCUACCCAGUCCCUAGCCUGCACUCCACUGGAUCAUAAAUUUGGAGCCUUUGUGAGGUGGCUUUGGGUAUAUUUUUCCAUUUCUUAUAUUCUGCUUCUUCCCCCGAUAAAAUCUACACCCAGCAUCCAAGAACCUCACUGGAACUCCAUCCACUUUCAGUGGAGACAAUCGGUGAUGCCAGAAUUUACACAUUUUGUUUUCAUUCUGGAGAACAAUUUGAAAUAGAAGCACAGAUGUUGAUCUUGAAAUCUGAUAUGAUACCAUGUGUUUCAAGAAUAUAUAGCCAUUUGAAAACUGGACUGAAAAAAUAGAGAAUCUCACUGUGUUGGCAUUGGAAAGCAAACCAAAACUAUAAAUGAUCAUCUGUAAUGCCCCAAGAAUAAAUAUAGAAGACUCAUAGGCAAAUAUGCUACUCCUAAUUUAACCAAAUAUUCAUUGUGUUAUGCCCAUUACUUCAUGAAGAAAUAGGUUGCUACCCUCAUUCAGUGCCUGAAACUGUUAAACAUGCUCUUUUUUUGAAAGAGGAUCAUGUUUCUUUAUCACUAAAGUACUUGUUGAUAAUACUGUAACUGAAAUGCUUGCUGCUGCCACAAUUUUUGUCAAAUCCUUGCACUAAAACAUGUAAGAAAAAUUCUUUAAAAUGUGCAGCCUAUAUCCCUGCCCUUUCUUUCUGGCUAGUAGUGUUCUACAAACUGAAAUAAAGUAGUAGAAUGUAUUUCUUAAAACAAACGUGUUCAAAAUUCAAACCACCCACCUAAUUAGAGAAAAGUGAACUAAAUAGAAUCUCUCCUUACCAAAGUAGCAGUUUUGAGACUACACAGGAGAAAAUGGCUAUGACUGUCCCUGUUCUUACAAAUCAGUGCUGGUGUCUCAGUUGUAAGACAUGUUUUAUUUCAAAAUAUAUUUUGAUCUAUAGAAGGAUUUAAGUUAAAUGUAUAGAUAAACCUUUAAUCUGCUUCAUUGUUUUGCCAUGAAGUAACUAAACUUUAAUGGUUUUAUUUCUAAAAUUCAUAGUUGUAUUAUAACUUAUUUGCCAUGGGGGUGGGAUAGAAAUAUUUAUCAUGUUGUUGACAGAAAAAGUGCCUGCGUUCAACAGCAACUGCAGUCUUUUCAGGCUUCAAAUCUGAGUCAUAUCAAGAACAGUAUUGUAGACUGUCCUUUUGAUAUGCCAAAGUUAGAUUUGUAAUAUAAAUGUUGGUUGCUUCAUGUCCUUUGCAGCCUAAUCUUUUAGUAAGUAUCUUUGAAUAAUCAACUGUCUGUUUUCACAUUUUGCAAUCUUUGAUUAAAUGUGAGAACUAUUACAUUCUUACAAAUUUUAUGUUAUAUCAGCAGCAUUCCUGCAUGUGAAGGAAGUGGGUUAUGAAAUUAUGUAGUACUUUAAUCAAGUGUGGUCAAUACUUUGUCUGCUGACUUCAGAUACUGAGAUUGACCUUGUCAGAUCAGAUUGUUUAAUUGUGACAGUAUGGUAAGUAUAGUUUGAAGAUGCAUGUUUCAGUUAAAAUUUGUUUUUCUUUAAUCAUAAAUUUACUUAACAAAUAUUUUGUAGCUAGCCUUAAUACCUUGCAUUUUAUUUUAUAAAUAUGUAUUGUGUACCAGAUUGUACAUUCACAUGUACAUCACUCAGAAUGUUGUAUUUUGCUGUAUGCAAAGUUCUUAAAUCUGUUUAUUCUGAAUUGUUAGGGUGGAAAAGUACUCAAAAGCCUUUACUUUUUUAAAAUGCCACCUUUAUGAAAUGACUAGUAUUUAGUAUCACAUUAAAUACUGUUUAUAUCCAUC